GCAGGGAACCCGGGCUUGUGAGCGCACCGGCGGGGAGCAUGGACGCGUCUGCGGAGCAAAGCCUCCCGGAACCAGAGCAAAGCCUCCAGGAGCCUGGCAGCCAGGACUCUGUGGCAGGCGAUGAUAUUGAGAUCGUGGUGAAUGUGGGGGGCGUGCGUCAGGUGCUCUACGGAGACCUGCUCAGCCAGUACCCCGAGACCCGGCUGGCGGAGCUCAUAGACUGCUUGGCCGGUGGCUACGACACCAUCUUCUCCCUGUGCGACGAUUACGACCCAGGCAAGCGCGAAUUCUACUUCGACCGGGACCCGGACGCGUUCAAGUGUGUUAUCGAGGUGUACUAUUUUGGGGAGGUCCACAUGAAGAAGGGCAUCUGCCCCAUCUGUUUCAAGAACGAGAUGGACUUCUGGAAGGUGGACCUCAAAUUCCUGGAUGACUGUUGUAAGAGCCACCUGAGCGAGAAGCACGAGGAGCUGGAGGAGAUCGCACGCAGGGUGCAGCUCAUCCUGGACGACCUGGGUGUGGAUGCAGCUGAGGGCCGCUGGCGCCGCUGUCAGAAGUGUGUCUGGAAGUUUUUGGAGAAGCCAGAGUCGUCGUGCCCAGCGCGGGUGGUGGCAGUUCUAUCCUUCCUGCUCAUCCUUGUCUCAUCCGUGGUCAUGUGCAUGGGCACCAUACCCGAGCUGCAGGUGGUGGACGCUGAGGGCAACCGCGUAGAGCACCCGACACUGGAGAACGUGGAGACUGCUUGCAUCGGUUGGUUCACACUGGAGUACCUGCUACGCCUCUUCUCAUCGCCCAACAAGCUGCACUUCGCCCUGUCCUUCAUGAACAUCGUGGAUGUGCUGGCCAUCCUCCCAUUCUAUGUGAGCCUCACACUCACGCACUUGGGUGCACGAAUGAUGGAGCUGACCAACGUGCAGCAGGCUGUACAGGCCCUGCGGAUCAUGCGCAUUGCACGCAUCUUCAAGCUGGCCCGCCACUCCUCAGGCCUGCAGACCCUCACCUACGCCCUCAAGCGCAGUUUCAAGGAACUGGGGCUGUUGCUUAUGUACCUGGCCGUGGGCAUCUUUGUCUUUUCCGCACUAGGCUACACCAUGGAACAGAGCCACCCUGAAACUCUGUUCAAGAGCAUCCCACAGUCCUUCUGGUGGGCCAUCAUUACCAUGACCACAGUGGGCUAUGGUGACAUCUACCCCAAGACCACAUUGGGCAAGCUCAAUGCGGCCAUUAGUUUCUUGUGUGGAGUAAUUGCCAUCGCCUUGCCCAUUCACCCCAUCAUCAACAACUUUGUCAGGUACUACAACAAACAGCGUGUUCUGGAGACCGCAGCCAAACAUGAGCUGGAGCUGAUGGAGCUCAAUUCUAACAGCGCAGAAGGCAAACCCGGGGGCUCUCGAAGUGACCUGGAUACCCUGCCACCAGAGCCUGCUGCCAGAGAGGGGCCAAGCUGGGGCAGCAGGCUGAAGCUCUCCCAUAGCGAUACCUUCAUCCCCCUGCUGACAGAGAAGCACCAUAGGACCCGACUCCAGAGCUGCAAGUGAUGGCUUGGCUCCAGGGCAGGGACAGACUGACCUGUGGAUGGACAGACCAUUGGGUAGGCAUG